AUGGGACAAGAGUUAGUGCCACGAAUUCAUUCAAUGGCAAUGGUGAAUUCUAUUUACAUAUUUUGUGGUAAUCAGACAGCACACAAACAGUGGAUUACAAAGUGGCCCAAGAUCAAAGGUGUAUACAACCACAUUCAACCUAUCUGUGAGGCCCUCCGAUCUUCCGUCAAGCAAUGCAAUCAAGAUGCCAUACCAGUAAGCUUUGUUGUCUCGGAUGACAUGAGCUCCACUACCGAUUUAAAUCAAUUGGAGCCUUCGUUUAUGUACACCCAAUUAUUCAAGAACACCUUGAUUGAUAUGGAACACAAUGAACAAUCUCGUCAAGACUUGAUAAACUACUGCAGAAGAAAAUAUGCUGGUAACCUAUGCGAAUUGACAAUCAUCGAUGAAUUUGAGCGGAGUUAUUGUUCAAAUAAGGCAAUUUGGUGGUAUACCCGGGAAUGCUUUACUUACCAGAUGCUUAAUCUAGCCCUCCGAUUAUUGGAGGCGGACAUAAUCGUCAACAUGGGUUUCUUUAUUCAUGAUCUCCAUCGACAAAUUGAACAACUGCACCAAGAGCAGAUUGGUCAGUAUCGUGAUCAGCCUUUUAUCGUUUACCGAGGACAAGGACUCUCGACAAUCUAUUUCGAGAAGCUGAAAAAUGCACAAGGUGGACUGAUAUCGUUCAACAAUUUUCUUUCCACUAGUAAGGAAAGAUUAGUUUCUCUAAGCUUCGCUCAAGGUUCUUCAAAGAAGACGGACAUGGUCGGAAUUCUUUUCGUCAUAACUGUCGAUCCGACAAUUUCGUCAACACCGUUCGCUGAUAUUCAAUCCGCCAGCUAUUUUCAAACCGAAGCGGAGAUACUCUUUUCCAUGCAUAGCAUCUUCCGCAUCAACCAACUGAAGAGAAUAGACGAAAGCAGUCAGCUCUUUGAACUUGGUUUCAUAUAUCAACGAACAUCAAAAAUCAAAAUUGCAUUAGAUUCACAGGCUUUUGUUGCAGCAAGAGCGAAAUAUUUUCAGACUCUAGAAGAACUUCGAGCAGCUAAUGUUCAUUUGUACUAUCACGAUGAAACUUGGAUAAAUCUUCGAGAAGUUAAACGAUCUAUUUGGACUUUAAAUGGCGAAGGUGAAAUCAAAAAAGGUGGUGGAAGAGGAUCCCGUCUGGCGGUAUCAGCACUAAUAGAUGUCAGUGGUUAUCAUAUUCCAUCAGUUGAUAUUUGGACUUGUACAGAAGAUCAUAAUAUGGAUUCAACGCAUUUUAUCACGUGGUUAGAUUCAACUUGCGCAACUUUAAGAGAGGAGAUUGGAAAGAUAGAACGAAUUACUAUCUGUCUAGAUAACGCGACUUGGCACAAUAAACUCACAAAUGAAUCAGUGAUUCCGAAACGUGCUUCGCCAAAGGGAGAAAUUCAACAAUGUUGUCAGAGCUCGUGUGUGCGAAUUGUCCACCUAAAGAAUAUAUCUGAUCAAAUGGGAAAAAAGUAUGGUAUAGAAAUAUUUCGUUUAUCAAAACUACAUUGUAGCCUCAAUUGUAUUGAAUUGUCGUGGAAUAAUCUCAAGCAAUUCGUUCGUGAUCAAAACACGACGUUUCGUCAGGAUGAUGCGAAACAACUGAUUGAGCAAUUUAUGGUCGCAAUGGAUGAUAAACGUGCAACUUCGUAUUUUCACCAUGUUGGUAAAAUUAAAGAAAUGUACAAAACAACUGAUACAAUUAUGGAGGAAGACGUCGAACCUUAUUUCCAAUCAGCCAGUGAAGAAACAGAUUCGGAUGACGAGUAG